AAAAAAGGUCGUUCGGCACCAUCUGGCCGGCAAACUGUUUCUGCGACUUUUCUCACCCCCUCAAACAUUUCGGAGCGUUCCACGGCGCGGGUUCAGGUUUGCAAUUCUUCUUUACAAAUCCAAGGAGUGGUGAAGUGCCGAGGAUACGUCUGCAACAGCAAGCCGAAGGUGAAGGACGCCAUUCAGAUCAUAAAACGGGAUCUCCUGAAUACGAUCUCCGAUCGAUGUGAAAUCAUGUUUGAAGAUCUCAUCCUCAGCAGAUCGGCGAUCGGCUCCGAGAAGUCGCCGUGUCCGCUUCCCCUCCCCCAGCGGGUGUUUGUUCCUAUCCCUGCCUCCGGGGCGGCGCUGUGCGAUUACAUCAUCGGAGAGGAGACCAGAGAGGAGGCGCAGAGUCGCUUCCUGGAGAUGUUGGAUCACGAAGUGAAUUACGAAGAUUUGGAUUUUGUGGAGGAGAAGAGGAUCGUUCCGGAUAAAGAAGAAGCCGUCUGUAAAUCCAGCAAGCUGUCAGGUGAUCAGACAUGUGCGGUUAGGAUGGACGUCCCGUCAUCCUCAUCAUCUCUGAGUAUAGGGAUUAUAAUCGCAGCGGGCGUUGUUCUCCUGGCAAUCCUCGUCUAUUUCCUGAAAUAAGGAUUGGGAAAGGAAUCGCACUCGUGGGACGGAGAAGAUCUCCGAUUUCCACUUCACCUGCAACCAAAUCGCCAAACCGAUAAUAAAACUUCAUUUCUGUGUUCAUUACAAACCCAUUAAAUGCAUUCAAUCCGGAGAAAUGA